AUGGUAGCACCUAGAAGAAGAGCCACCAACACCACACCGAUUUGUGCUGUGGUCUGGUGGUUGGUCAUCUGCGCGCAUCUCCGGACAGUUCCAGUGUUGGCUCUUCAGUGCUUCUCCUGCACCGAUUGUUCUGUGGGGGGCGCGCUCUCAGCGCAGAAGCAGCAGUGCCCACCGGGCGAGGCCUUCUGCGCGGCGGUGUCUCGGCCGCGCACCAGCCCAUUGGUCUAUCAAUCCUCCUCCGUCGACCGCGGCUGCGCGUCUUCGCUAAACGUGGCGUGCGAGCAGCUCAAUCCCCCACAAUCAUCUUUAGCCAGAAAAGAGAUAGCGGAAGAAGCAGGAGGGACAGCAACAACACCUGCCGUGGGCGAUCACGGCCAUAGAGAAAGCGACGGCCAAAAUUUGCGUCCAGGCAGCAGCAGCAGAAGUGGUAGUAGUAGUGAUGGUGGCAGCCGGAAUGAUGGCCACCACUUGCAGCCGCUGCUGUGUUGCUCGACGGACUUUUGCAACGGGCUGGAGGACGCACGGAGGGAGGGGCAGCGCCGGUCGGAAGAGCACCUGCGGAGUCUGAUGGAGGGUACUCCUCGGAAGAAGGUUGGCUUUUCGCGGGGCUCGCUUGCUGAUGGUGGCAUUGUUACGGCUGGCGGCCGUGGUUCGGGAGUCGGAACGGCGGCAGCGGUGGGGGAGAGAAUGGUGGAUGGUGAAGACGACAACUCGGCGCGCGGGGGGUGUGAGGGAGGGUCGAGGUUUGCAACGGUGCUUGUGAUUGUUGGAACCUUUUCGCAAGUAUUGUGGCUGGUGGGUAGACUGAUAGAGUAAAGUGUGGGUGAAAGAGGUCCUUCGAAAUGUUGAAAUGCUGUAAGGGUUGAUGGACGUGCAGAUUUUCCCAUCGAAGCAGAAGAGAGACUUCGAGCUACAGAAAGGGCCUUUGACCACAAAAUCAGCUCUGUCUGGCUCUGGAAAUGUACCAGCUUGUUCCUACCCUCGGAGAAAAGGGAGCUAAAGCUUGCAGUUAUGUAGUUGCGGCAGGGCCCAAGCACUGUUUUGGUUAUCAAGCGGCAACAGUGGAACAUUCUCAAUGGUAUCAGUGUGCAUUCCAAGAACGUAUCGCACGUAGUCUGCUAGACUUCUCUUCCUCAGUAAUAUGUGCCGCCUUUGCCAUCUUUUUUGUCGGAGGAGAGCAGGACGGAGAAUGAAUACAAACGGGUAGCGAUAUAUGUAUGUGCCGGGCUGAUGAUGAUGGAGGUGGCAGGAGUACCAGCGUAAUUUACGUCUCCCUCUGGUCUAUGAUCUGUAUCGCUAACUCGCCCCCCUUCUGAUUACCCCCGAUGUUAUGAUGUUGUUUUCUGUCUGCUGUAGUACCAUAUGUUGUUGUAUGUGUUUGGAUCUGUUUGUUUAUGUUGUUCCGGUGGAGGAGCGAUCCUACAACCACCCACAAUAAUUGUUUUUGGAUGGGCGUGUGAAGAAUGGCUCCGCCAGUGCAACCACCGGCGGCGAGUACACUCUAGCCCGCUCUCUCCCAUUUUUGUUUGUUUGGAUGGGGCCUUCCUGAUCCUGGUUUCUAUUAUUUUCAAGCCGAGUUUGCUCGUCUCCCGGUUAGUUUUGGGUGAUGUUCUGCUAUUGUGUUUGAAGGAUUUUUUCUGGGUCCAUUACUUCGUCCGUUCCUCAUUUAUUUUUAGAAAGGUGUAACCCC